AUGGACAUCAAGAAGCCCAUCACCUCCACCAUCUCCUCGGCUUCCUUCUCCUUCCUCACUGCAGAAGAUAUUCGUAGGAUUUCUGUUAAGCAAAUCAUCAACCCCGUCCUGCUCGAUACCACCAACCACCCAAAUGCAGGAGGUCUUUACGACCCGGCUCUCGGGCCGAUGCGUCCCCAUGACAUCUGCUCAACAUGUCACCUCAACUCUUAUCAAUGCUCUGGCCACUUCGGCCACAUCGAGCUCCCAUCUCCAGUCUUCCAUCCACUCUUCAUGGGCAACAUGUUCAACUUGCUCCGAGGUACCUGUUUCUACUGCCAUCGAUUCCGUGCCUCGCUUGUAGUUCUCACCAAGGUCAUCGGCCGCCUGAGGCUUCUCGAGUACGGUCUCGUGGAUGAUGCAGAGAAUAUCGAUGCUGAGGAGCCUCGUUCGAAUGCAAAGUUUUCCGACCUUAGCAACGAGGAUUUCGACGACGUCGACGAAGAUGAUAAUGACGAUGAGGACAGUAGCAAGAAGUCGAAGCCCAGCGGCUCCAAGUCAAAAGCCUCCAGCGGAGAGACCCCUGCUGAAUUUGCGGAGCGCGUCAACAAACAAGUCAAGGAACUCAUCAAGCAAGCCAAGGCGAGCGGCAAGGCUUCGGUUGGGCUGGAAGCAGGCAGCAUCGCAUACACAUUGCGCAAGAAGUGCAUCAACGACUUCAUGAAGGAGAUCCACAAGAAGCGAUGUGGCCAAUGCCAUGCGAUCAGCCCCAACGUGCGCCGUGACGGUUUCCUCAAGAUCAUGGAAAAGGCACCCACACAGAAGGAGAUUGCCUCCAACGAACACGCGGGAUACCUCCGCAUUUCGCCUGUCAAGCGUGUUGCGACAAUCGAGCGUCGGUUCGCUGCGAACGCCGCUUCAACCUCUGCGUCUACAGAUGGCGACGACGACUCCGGUAUUGCAUCACAAGCCAUCUCUGCGGACAACGCACCGAAAGAGGCAGGUUACCGUGUCAUGCCAGCAGUGGAAUGCCAAGCGCACCUCCGUCUUCUCUUCCACAACGAAGGCCCUCUCUGUUCGCUCCUCUUUGGUCGCAACGGCCCCUUCCGUCUGGGCAACUCCAACGGCAAGGUCAAGGUCAAGACCGGCUCGUCCAUCUGGCAGACACCUAAUGGCGCGAGCGCCGACAACUUCUUCAUAACUGUUCUUGCAGUCCCACCAACACGGUUCCGUCCUGCCAGCAUCAUGGGCGACAUGACCUUCGAGAACUCGCAAAAUGAGCUGCUCACCAACGCACUCAAGACGACCUUUGCCAUUCGGGACCAAAUUACCGAGUUAACAAGGCUCACAUCCAAGAAGGACUUCCCAGAGCUUGGCCCCAACGCACCUGAGUCUGACUACCGUGCUGCUGAGGUACAGCUCAUCAAGGCUCGUGAAGAUACUCGCCGCAAGGUGCUCAACUCGAUGAUGCAGCUUCAGGUCGAUGUCAACUCGUUCAUCGAUGCCAAUAAGAACCCCAUGCCCUUGCGUCAAGGCCAACUUCCACCACCAGGUGUCAAGCAGGGUCUCGAGAAGAAGGAGGGUCUCUUCCGAAAGCACAUGAUGGGCAAGCGAGUCAACUUUGCUGCUCGUUCCGUCAUCUCUCCUGAUGUCAACAUCGAGACGAACGAGAUUGGUGUCCCGCCCGUCUUUGCUCGCAAGCUCACAUAUCCUGAGCCAGCCACUGUUCACAACAUUCAGCUGAUGCGACAACUCGUCAUCAAUGGUCCGUUCAAGUACCCUGGUGCCGUUGCUAUCCGCAGCGAAGACGGUACAGAGACCCAGCUCGACAAGCUCAGCGUUGAAGAGAGGACGGCACUUGCCAAUCAGCUUCUGACACCGCAAGAGCACUCCUCCAAGCAAGCACGCGGUACCUUUGCCGGUUUGGGCAGCUCCACACGAACGCCCAUUGCCAACAAGCAGGUGCUCCGUCACUUGCGCGAUGGUGAUAUCUUGCUGCUCAACCGACAGCCCACCUUGCAUCGUCCUUCGAUGAUGGCUCACAAGGCCCGUGUGCUUGUCGGCGAGAAGACGAUCCGCAUGCACUACGCCAACUGUAACUCGUACAAUGCCGAUUUCGAUGGUGACGAGAUGAACAUGCAUUUCCCACAGUCACAAGCCGCACGUUCCGAGUGCUACUACGUUGCCAACACCGACAACCAGUACCUCACACCUACCAGUGGUAACCCAUUGCGCGGUCUUAUUCAGGACCACGUCGUUGCUGGUGUGUGGAUGACUUCCAAGAACACGCUGUACACACGUGCCGAGUACCAGCAGAUGCUCUACGGCGCUCUGCGUCCCGAGGGAAAAUACACCGGUGGCGGUCGAGUGCUCACCGUACCUCCCGCUUUGCUGAAGCCCGAGCCGCUCUGGACAGGUAAGCAGGUCAUCUCCACUGUCCUGCUCAACCUCAAGCCUGCCAAGUCGGACGGUCUCAACCUCACUUCCAAGGCCAAGGUCGCAGGUCGAAUGUGGGGCAAAGACCAUGCUAACGAAGAAAAGGUCAUCAUCGAGGACGGAGAGCUCUUGCAAGGUGUCCUCGACAAGGCCGCCUUCGGUGCCUCCGCUUACGGUCUUGUCCACGCUGUCUUUGAGAUCUACGGGUCCGAGACCGCAGGAAAGCUGCUCAGUAUCCUUUCGCGUCUCUUCACCAAGUUCCUUCAAACCAACGCCUUCUCUUGUCGAAUGGACGAUCUGUUGCUCAGCAAAGAGGGCGACGAAGUCCGACGCAAGACGCUCGAUGCUGCUCAAGGACAGGGCAAGGGUGUUGCCAUGAAGACCGUCGGUCUCGAAGGCGAGGAUGAAAAGAACCCGGACACCGACAGGAACUUGCGCAUUCGUCUGGAAGAGGUGCUGCGUGACGACGACAAGCUGGCCGUUCUUGACGGUGAGAUGAUGAAUUCGUCCAACGCCCUCACCUCAAAGAUUAUCGAGUCGUGCCUGCCUGCAGGUCUGUACAAGAAGUUCCCAGAGAAUAACAUGCAAAUGAUGACUGGAUCUGGUGCUAAGGGUUCCGCCGUCAACGUCUCGCAGAUCUCGUGUCUGCUCGGUCAGCAGGCGCUCGAGGGUCGACGUGUCCCUCUAAUGGUCAGCGGAAAGUCUCUUCCUUCAUUCCGACCCUUCGAGACCUCGGCACGAGCUGGUGGUUUCGUCAGCGGCCGUUUCUUGACCGGCAUCCGACCACAGGAGUACUUCUUCCAUUGCAUGGCUGGUCGUGAAGGUCUCAUCGACACGGCUGUCAAGACCUCGCGUUCCGGUUACUUGCAGCGGUGCUUGAUCAAGCAUCUCGAGGGUGUCCACAUCCAGUACGACAACACGGUGCGCAACGCUGACGGCUCGAUUCUGCAAUUCGCUUACGGAGAGGAUGCACUCGACACUACCAAGAGCAAGUACAUUGGCCAGUUCGACUUCACUGCGGCCAACUUCGAGAACUACAACAAACGCUACGACCCUAAGCAGCUCAGCGAGGUGGUCGAGGCUGAGCUUGCCGCCGAACACAUGAAGAAGGCACUCAAGAAGCCACAUAAGUACGACCCGGUUUUGAGUGUCUACACCCCCUCGACACACUUCGGCUCUAUGUCCGAGAAGUAUGCCAAGGAGAUCGAGGCGUACAUCGAGAAGAACCCAAGCAAGCUUCUCGCCGACAAGAAGAAGAAGAGUAAGAAGCACAAGUCCGAGGCUGAGGCAGGUGCGCAAGAAGAGGCAAGCACCGUCGAAAAGCUGCGCUUCGCCAAGGAGAAGCUCGGUGUCGAGGCCUUCCGUGCCAUGUGCAAGGUGCUGUACCACCGCGGAUUGGUCGAUCCUGGUGAGGCCGUUGGUCUACUUGCCGCUCAGGGUGUUGGUGAGCCCUCGACACAGAUGACGCUCAACACUUUCCACUUCGCCGGUCACGGUGCCGCCAACGUGACGCUCGGUAUCCCGCGUUUGCGUGAGAUCGUCAUGACUGCUUCGCAGAAUAUCAAGACGCCCAUCAUGCGAUUGCCCGUCCUGGACGGCAUCACCAACGACCAGAUCAAAACCUUCUGCAAGGACGGCAGCCGUCUCGUUCUCAGUCAGGUCAUUGACGAGGCCAUUGUCACUGAGAAGAUCUCGCCCAAGUCCGAGUCAACUGGGUUCCACCGACAAAAGACUUACACCGUGCGCCUCAACUUUUACCCCGCCGAGGAGUGCCAGGAAGAGUACAACUGCACCACCUCACACAUCCUUCGUGGUUUGCAGGAGACUUUUGCUCCCAACCUCGAGAACAGCAUCAACAAUGAGGUGCGAAAGCAAAAACGCGAACAUGCUUUGCAAGCAGCUGCCAUCGGCAAGGGUCAGACCUUCUCCGACAACGCUUCCGCUGGCGACAACGCCGACGACGAGGGUGCCGAACGCGCCAACGGUCGUCAGGCACGAUCGAGGGGCAACGAUGCCGACUCGGAUGACGAGGACGACGCCUCAUCGGACGUUGGUGACGGCGAUGCUGACGAUGCCAAGAGGAAGCAGCGCUCGGCCGCCCAUGCUUCGUACGAAGAGGGUGACGACGAGGAGAUGGCUGGUGUGCCCUCCACCACCGAGGACAUCGAGGCGGCGUUCAGCAACGGCACCAAGAAGUCGACCAAUGCCAUGGACGUCGGCAGCAACGACAGCGAUAGCAGCAGCGACUCCGACUCGGACGACGGCUCGAUCAACGAGGAGUGGGCCGAGCAGACGUCGGCGCUCGAGAGGGCUCUGCAGGAAAACUCCAAGUACAUCAACGCCUUCCGCUUCGACGACGUCAAGGCUCGAUGGGCCGAGUUCGAUCUCACCCUUGCUACCCAGUCGCAGAAGUUGUUGCUUAUCAACAUCGUCGAGCGUGUUUGCCGACAGAGUGUCAUUCACGAGAUUCCCAACAUUGCACGUGUUAUGAAGCCACCUCCCAAGGCCGGCGAGGAAGGCGUUUCGCUCACUGCCGAGGGUAUCAACUUCCGCGACCUCUGGGACUUCGGCUUCGGUGUUGUCGACCUCGACAACCUCUACACCAACGACAUCGGUGCUGUGUUGCACACGUAUGGUGUUGAGGCAGCACGUGCCGCUAUUGUGUCCGAGAUGCGCGGUAUCUUCGACACCUACGGUAUUGCUGUAUCGCCACGACACUUGUUCCUCAUUGCCGACUAUCAGACGGCCGCAGGUGGUUUCCGACCAUUCAACAGGUCUGGUAUUGCAGAGUCGUCAUCAACGCUGCUCAAGGCCUCGUUCGAGAUGACCAUGGCUUUCAUCGGUGGAUCGGCACUGCACGGAGACGUCGACAUGCUCAAGACGCCUUCGAGUAAGCUCGUUGUUGGUCGCCCUGUUUCUUCGGGUACGGGCACACCUGAAAUUCGCCUCGCACUUCCGUCUCCCAUCGGAGCUGCUGCUUGA